AUGAAUCAAUCUAGUCUCUCUUCUUACCUUCGGAAAUGUAUGAAUCUGUCUAUUCUCUCUUCCUACCUUUGGAAAAGUAUGAAUCUAUCUAUUCUCUCUUCCUACCUUUGGAAAGGUAUGAAUAUAUCUAUUCUCUCUUCCUGCCUUUGGAAAUGUAUGAAUCUAUCUAUUCUCUCUUCCUACCUUUGGGAAGGUAUGAAUCUAUCUAUUCUCUCUUCCUGCCUUCAGAAUCUAUCUAUUCUCUCUUCUUACCUUUGGAAAGGUAUGAAUCUAUCUAGUCUCUCUUCCUACCUUUGGAAAGGUAUGAAUAUAUCUAUUCUCUCUUCUUACCUUUUGAAAGAUAUGAAUCUAUCUAUUCUCUCUUCCUACCUUCGGAAAUGUAUUGAAUCUAUCUAUUCUCUCUUCCUGCCUUCAGGAAGGUAUGAAUCUAUCUAUUCUCUCUUCCUACCUUUGGAAAGGUAUGAAUCUAUCUAUUCUCUCUUCCUACUUUUGGAAAGGUAUGAAUCUAUCUAUUCUCUCUUCCUACCUUUGGAAAUGUAUGAAUCUAUCUAUUCUCUCUUCCUACCUUUGGGAAGGUAUGAAUCUAUCUAUUCUCUCUUCCUGCCUUCAGAAUCUAUCUAUUCUCUCUUCUUACCUUUGGAAAGGUAUGAAUAUAUCUAUUCUCUCUUCUUACCUUUUGAAAGAUAUGAAUCUAUCUAUUCUCUCUUCCUACCUUCGGAAAUGUAUGAAUCUAUCUAUUCUCUCUUCCUGCCUUCAGAAAGGUAUGAAUCUAUCUAUUCUCUCUUCCUACUUUUGGAAAGGUAUGAAUCUAUCUAUUCUCUCUUCCUACCUUUGGAAAGGUAUGAAUCUAUCUAUUCUCUUUUCCUGCAUCUAUAUGAGUAA